AUGUGGGAGUUCCAUUUGCAGAGCCCCUUUUUUUCCCAGGGCUCUGGUCUAUAUUUUGACUACCUCAUGUACAGCCUGGAUAGCAACUUCGGCAGCUUGCAGCUACAGGCUUGGGAUGGUCAGAACUGGACUACUGUCUGGUCACUCUUUGGCAGUCGCGGUUCCUCUUGGCAUCAAGGUGCGGCACAUGUCCCUUCCAACAGCACGGGCUUACGUUUUCAAGGGUCCCUGGGAGCAUGGAAAACCGGAGACUUGGCAGUUCGGGCGUUCCGCACAGCUGUCGAGCUGGAGGAGCUGGCUUGUGAGGACUUUCAGGUCAACAGCUUUUGGUUGGAGCCUGGCACUGUUGGUCCCAGCAGGGCCAUGUGGAGAGUGGUGGACAUCGGUUUGGAAGCCAGGGGCGCCGAGAGCCAAACAGCUGUGCUUGACAGUGCUCAGAUCCGCCACGUUGGUUCCGAGGUCGUGUUUUUUCUCAGCUUCCAAGUGGUGGGACCCACGGCAGCCCUGGAGGUGCAGCAGCUCACCGAGAACGGUUGGACGCAUCUCCAGACCACAGCUAUCGCCAUUUUUGGUUCCUGGCAGCAGCUCACGGGCCCGAUCUCGGUGCAAACACAGUCACUGCGACUGCUGGCGACCAUGAACAGCACGACAGAUCUGGUGAGGAUCCGCUCCUUCCAGUUAGAAGUGGCGGCGCAAUUUGCACACAGCCUCCAGGAUGCCGGGUGCGACUUCGAGGCUUUCGCUGAGGUAUGGCAGGACUGGACUGGUACAGCUACAGAGGUGCUCUUGACAAGCCCGCUUUUCCCAAGUGCCGACGUGGCCUACUUGGCCUUUGCCUUCAGGAUGGUAGGGUGGGCAUCCAUGAGUCUGCGGGUGGAGAUGUGGAUCUAUGGCCUUUGGCAGGAGAGCUGGUCCGAGGUCGGCCAGCGAGGGGUGGGUUGGCAGCAAGUCAAGCUACGCCUGCCAGCAACAGUUAAUCGUGUGCGCUUCAGGGGCUAUAUGCCCGCUGACACAUCCUCCCUCAUCGCAGUCGACGACAUCAUGUUGUAUUCGCAUGCCCACCCCCAAGUUAUGCCGGCUGCCAUGGUCCUGGUUGCUGGGCAUUCUCACCAGUGCGCUCUGGCUUUCGGACAGCUCAAAUGCUUUGGGAGGAACAGCGAGGGGCAGUUGGGCUAUGGCAGUUCCGACGACAUAGGCGAUGACCCGGAAGAGGUUGGUCUGCAACUGCCGGUGGUGGACGUUGGAGGUACGGUCUUACAGGCCUGUGCCGGAUGGAGUCACACCUGUGCGGUUCUUCAAGGUGGCUCCCUGAAGUGUUGGGGGUCGAACCUUUAUGGACAGAUAGAAUCUGGAAACGCGGCUGCCCUCGGUGAUGAGCCCAACGAGAUGGGGGACUGGCUGCCUGCGGUCGAUCUGGGCAAUGGCACAAAGGCGAGCCAGGUUGCCUGUGGCGACUCGCACACCUGCGUUCUACUUCAUGACGGUGCCAUCAAGUGCUUCGGGUGGAAUUAUUAUGGGCAGCUGGGCUUAGGAGACUGGAUGCCGGGACCUCAGCUUAGAGAAGGAAGGACGGUGGCUCAUGUAGCCUGCUUUUUGCUUUCUUUACCUGUGGCUACUGCAAGGAACCGUGGAGAGCAGAGCUGGCAGAUGGGAGAUGCGCUGCCCGCUUUGGAUCUGGGCAGUUUCAGAGCAACCCAGGUCACCGCGGGUCCCGACACUUCAUGCGCCCUUUCCUCUGAGGGGGUGGUCUGCUGGGGACGGCAGCUCCCCAGUUAUGAAGUUGUCCGCAACGUUUCUUCGCUUCCGACCAUCGGCUUCGAGCUGGAGGCGACGCAGAUCGCAAUAGGCGGCGAGCAUGUUUGCGUCCGUCUGGCAGAUGGACGCAUGCGAUGUUGGGGUGACAAUAGAUUCGGUCAGCUUGGUCUUGGUGACACCGUGAGUCGGGAGGCCCAUGAGGCAGCUGAUGUCGACCUCGGCUUUCCGACGACACAGAUCUUUGUGGGUUGGUAUCAUUCCUGCGCAAUCUUGCAGGAUGAGAGAACCCUGUGCUGGGGUGCCAAUUGGGAUCAGCAGCUUGGGCGAGUCACUGCAACCUUUAUCAACGAAAGCCCCGGAGAGGUGCUCGUUAGAAAGGUGGAAAGCGUGUCGAUGGGCCAUGGGCACAGCUGCUUUUUGCAAAGCGGAGGCGCCAUCUCCUGCUUCGGUCAGAAUGACUUUGGCCAGUUGGGGGUGCCGGAGGGCGAGGAGUCGGCAGAGGAUGGAUCAGCAGUGGUGCCCGGGCUUUUCAGUCGGACUCCAAGGGCCGAAGGCUUGGAGUCCGUUCGCUUGUCGGGAGGCUCCAGGACCUGGGGCUUCCUCGAAGUGCUGCGUGAGGGCACUUGGUCACCGGUUUGCGAUGAUGGUUUUGACGCGGCGGCGGCCAUCGUGGCUUGCAAGGACCCCGCACGUUUGCUUGGGACCGAACUCCGUUUGGAGAGGAAGCCCGGACGUCAGCCGUUCAUUCCUCACCUCGGCUAG